GCUAGGGGGCUGCCCGCAGGAACGGGGAGGGCGGGGGCAGCGGCGCGCAAAGGGCCGCGGCAGCGGAGAACGGGCGGGCAGAGCGAAGGAGCAGGGAAGGAGGGGGAGGGGGAGCCGGAGGGCGCGGAGCGCUGGGCCGGAGCGGCCUCCCCCUCCCCGAGCUCGGGGGUCCUUUAGCCGCUGGGGAGCGGGGCUGCAGCCUCUGCAGCUGGGUUUCCCACUCUGACAGGCGCCAUUUUACCGUCCAAAGGACUCCCUCUUCCUGUCUUUCCCCCUCCUCUUCCCCUUUGACACUACUUCCGGUGGUGACGUGUAUUCGCUUCACCGGGACUAAGUUCCUCCUGCGCGGUCUAUGGGGGACUAUGUUAGGUCUUAAUGGUGGGAGGACGCCCGAGUCCUCCGCCCGUUUCACCCCGAGGGGGCGGGACACUGGGUCAUGACGCCAUCAGAGGGCGCCAGAGCAGGGACCGGACGCGAGUUGGAGAUGUUGGACUCGCUGUUGGCCUUGGGCGGCCUGGUGCUGCUUCGGGAUUCCGUGGAGUGGGAGGGGCGCAGUCUCUUGAAGGCGCUUGUCAAGAAAUCUGCACUGUGUGGGGAGCAAGUGCAUAUCCUGGGCUGUGAAGUGAGCGAGGAAGAGUUUCGUGAAGGUUUUGACUCUGAUAUCAACAAUCGGCUGGUUUACCAUGACUUCUUCAGAGACCCUCUCAACUGGUCAAAAACUGAGGAGGCCUUUCCUGGGGGGCCGCUGGGAGCCUUGAGAGCCAUGUGCAAGAGGACAGAUCCUGUUCCUGUCACCAUUGCUCUCGAUUCACUCAGCUGGCUGCUACUUCGCCUUCCUUGCACCACACUCUGCCAGGCCCUGCAUGCUGUGAGCCAUCAGGACUCUUGUCCUGGUGACAGCUCCUCAGUGGGGAAAGUGAGUGUGCUGGGCUUGCUACAUGAAGAGCUUCAUGGACCAGGCCCUGUAGGAGCUCUCAGCAGCCUUGCUCAGACUGAGGUGACCCUGGGCGGUACCACGGGCCAGGCCUCGGCCCACAUCCUGUGUCGGAGGCCCCGACAGCGCCCAACUGACCAGACUCAGUGGUUCUCCAUCCUUCCGGACUUCAGCCUGGAUCUCCAAGAGGGGCUCUCUGUAGAGUCCCAGCCCUACUCCGAUCCUCAUAUACCCCCGGUGGAUCCCACAACUCAUUUGACCUUUAACCUUCACCUGUCCAAGAAAGAGAGAGAAGCCAGAGAUAGCCUGAUCCUGCCCUUCCAGUUCAGUUCUGAAAAACAGCAGGCUCUCCUGCGGCCUAGGCCAGGGCAGGCUACCAGCCACAUCUUCUAUGAGCCAGAUGCUUAUGAUGACCUGGACCAAGAAGACCCAGAUGACGACCUGGAUAUUUGACUGGCCAGAUUUGAUUAGAUUGUAAUUGGAGGGGGCGCGGGAAGACUUUGGGCCCAGAACCAUCUUCCUGUUGUUUGUGUUAGCCUUACCCUCUCCCUGCCCCACCUUGGUUCCCCUUGUCUAUGGAGCCCCGCCUUGUGAGCCAGGAAGCAGCGUCUCAUCAGGACAGAAGGUAGGAUGAAGACAUGGGGUAAUGUGAGAGAGUAGAACACCCCCGUACCUAAUAAAAAUCUUUAUUUUUUUAUUAAAAAA